AUGUUUUGGAAAGUCUCUUUUAGAGAGCGAGAUGAUAUUCCUGAGGACAUCUUUAAAAGAACUGGACUCAAAGAGAUCACUGAAGAUAAUGAAUACAUCUCCAGAUAUGACCUAACAUAUUUGACGCCUUGUUUUUAUAAACUUAGAUGUAAGGUGAGUGCGAACAAUUUCUUCCUAUUUACGUUUUACAACCGACGAGUGUGUUACGCUCGUCUGUUUCUUUUUCACUUCGAAUAUUGUUUGCGUUUAAUUCCUUUCUUUUCCCCCUCCGUGGCACAUGGGUAUAUCAAAAAAGAAAUUCCCCUUUGAUGAAGUUUCGCUCCGUUUUGUCGACGUACAUAAACUCUCCUAAAGUGCAUCGUUUGCCAAAAAGUGAACCCAUAACGUUAUGACUACUAGCCAGGCAGUGGCUCAUGCUUCACGUGCUGUGUUUUUCUUUCUUAUAAAACAGGUGUGGGUGGCAAAAAGUAGCGUAAAGAAAAAGCUGGAUGAUAUACCAAUCCCUUUUAGUGACGUAAAGAAUGUAUUGGAAGAGAUUCAGUUUGAAGAUGAAACGACGCAAUCACACUGUCGUGGAUGGCUGGUAUUUAAAUCUCGAAAAUAUUUACAGACCGACAUUCUUUUCCCUGGCUGCGAGCUAGACUGCAGGUUUACCAUGCGUGAGCGAAGAGGCAAGUCUAACAAUUUUUGUUUGGUCUUUGUCUUUAUAAAACGCACGUCUCCUUGUUUCACUUUUCACUCUCCACCUACUCCCCCCCUCCUUCUCUCCUCUCCCUCUCACCUAUCCACAACUAAAUUUUCAGUAAAACAUCAUUUCUGUUGUUUAAUUUCUCUUAAAGAGCAAGAAUGUCAUCUUUAUACUUUCUGUUCAAUAAGCUUUUGCAAAUUCCCCUUUUGGUUGGAAAGUAAAGUUUCCGCCUAUCCUGGCUGAAGGGUCCCUUUACCCCUAUGGAUACCCAAGUCCAAGUAAGAGCUUUGCUAAAUCAUGAAGUGCUUGCAGCACAGUUUAUGGGAUUUAAAAAUGCAUCGGUUCAAUAUAAAUAUUUCACUAAACUAGGUCAAUUUUAUUGAUUUCGGUUAACAAUUUUAUGUAAAAUUUGUCUCGCUACAGAUCGUACUGCUAUCAGAGGAGACGUACCCGAAAUCGAAGUGAGACGUGCUUUGUCUGCAUACCUUUCUCGAUUAACUUUGACAGAUAAGGAUGCCUUCGGAUUACUUCUUCCAGAUCACGAUUUCCCCGAAGGAUUCCACUUACUCCAUAAGCGAUGUUGCAAGAGAAAAAUGUACAGCACGCGUGCAGGAUUCUUUGCCAUACUUUCUCAGGAGGAUUCGUGGUCCAUUGACUUCUCAGGAAAUGAAACAAGCAGAGAAUCGGUAAUAAUGAAUGUUUAACGGUUGCAAAUGGCAUAGUUGUAUAAAAAAUGAUCGGUAUGUUGAGCAAAACAACUCAAUUUCCAGUCUUUCUAAUUCUCUCCUUUUCUUGUGGAAAUGGACAGACUGACCUCCACUUACAUAGCGAAGAGUGCGACAAACUUCUAAGUAGCACAGAUUGGCAACCGGAAACCAUAGUUCAGAAACUGCCCGAAUUGAUUCAAUUUGUAAAGGAAAUUCAAGACUUUGUUGUACGGGAAAUGAAAGGAAAUGGAUCCACGAGAACAGGUGAGGAAACAAAUCUUUCUUUCAUGUACUUGUAAUAAAUCGGCAUGAGUUGUUAUCCCCACUGCAUUUUCUUCUUCUAACGUCGGAUAAAUUUAACGUGGCCAAUUAUUAGAAGUUAAGAGUUAUGAUGAAGACCACUUUAAAAAUGGAUACGUUUUCUAUACAUAUUGCCAAUUCAAGUAAUAAUGCGCCGGGAACGCGUCUACAUGCCUCUUAACAAAGUCGUCAAUUUAUACUUCUCCCCAUUACCUAAUCGAUCCAAUGUAUUAGAGGAAAUAUACCCUGUUUGCAUUAAAAAUAGAACUCGAUGGAUUGGUUGAUUAUUUGGUUUUGUUUGUUUGCAUGUUAUCUAUUUCUUGUUGGUUUAAUUCACUUUAAUUUCGUCUUGAUAGUUGAGAUUUAUUAAUGUGUGUUUCUCGACUGCCAUAUUUACAGUUCCUCCAGAGAUUCGUGCUCGUGGUCCUUUAGCUUUGGAAGCCUACAACAAUGCACUGGCCGAAGGUCAAGCUUGUGUCAAGAGAGUGCCUCUAAUGAUAGUUGGACAAGAUCGGGCUGGUAAAACCAGCGUGAAGAAGUCAUUGAAAGGGAUUUGCUUCAACCCUGAUGAAGAUAGCACCCUGGGAAUUGAGGUCGAUCGCUAUGAUUUUAAAGUAACCACCGAAAUAUGGAAGACAGGAGAAAUAGAUGAGGAGGCCAACAUUGAUACCACAGUUACUUCAUUUGAGCAUAGUGCAGCACGGUGGAUUGCAGAAAAAUUGACAAUGCAUGAAAAAAUUGCUGAAGUAAAACAAACAAGCUCAACCGAGUCAGCUGGCUAUGAUUUUGAAGAAAUUGACGACGCAAAGGAAGGGGAACCCUAUGAGACUUUAAGUGACGCGAACCUUUUAGAAUCAUCCAUAAAUCCAGCAUCAACCAAUACCACCGACGAUGAACCUAAUUUAUCAACGAGAGAAGUACGAGACCCUAAAGAAUUAGAACCAGAAGAAGCCUCUCAGUAAGGGAAAAUCUAAAGUGAUUAUGACUUGCGUUUACGAGGCCUUUAUACGCAAGUACCACUGAUAAAAUUUAUGACCUUUUGAACUGCAGAACAAUACCCUCAAUUAGUGAAUGGCCCGUCCCCGUUUAUUUUUGAACGUCGUUGCGUGAGCGGAUAAAAAAAAAAGCAAAUCUACGAGAAACGUGAGCGCGCGCAAGGAAGGGAGUCGUUUCGAAAAAAAAUCAAAGUGCUCUGUGAGCAAACUCGUGAAUUGACACAUGAUUUUUUAGAUUAUGUUUAAUGUUAUCUGGUUUAGGGAAUUUUGUGGUUGAUUGUCAUAUCUAGAGUACCAGCAGUAGUUCAGUGUUCGCUAAUGUAGCAAAGAAACAAAGUAACGUUGGGAUAAGAAGGCAUUACAAUUGAAAUGAUCAUGCUAUUACAUUUGACAAGGUGGAUGAUGUCAUGUGUUUUAAACGUCUAUCAUUUUUGUUUCUGGUUCAAAAGAAAAGGUUGGAAGUAAAUGUGGGUGAAAAGUGAAAUUUACUGUCUUUCGUUGUAAAUAUUAGAAAAUCAAGGCAAUACUGUCUUAAUGAAAACAUUAACGAUUCCCUCUUUAUCAAAUGAGACAAACGGGAACGAGUUUUGAGUGAUAUAACUAAGCCAAGCCUGCCACCGUCAUUUUGGAUCUCCGCCUGGGUAGAUUUAAGUCACGUGCUAGGCAACGUAUAAUCAAUAACAAGAUAGUAUUUCAUUUCAGGCCUAUUUAUCAAUUUUGUGGUGUGUAACUUUCGCAUUUUAGUACGUUGUAUGUAUGUUGAAUCUUCAAAUUGUCUUGAAACUUAAAAGAAAAUUGUUCUUUAAAAAUUCACUGAAAAUCGGUAGCUAAAAUUGUUUGUUUAGGUGUUAUUUGAUUUUCUUGUUAACUUGUUAUUUCGUCAGUCGCCGGCAUCUUCUGUUGCUUCACACAGGAAAAACACACGCGACGAAACGUAAUGAUCAAUUUUGUCCUCAAUCUCACGCUAUAACAGAAAAAGCUUUUGAACAUCUGUAAACUCCGAGCACUUCGCAGUGAUAUUUUCAAUGAAUCUUCGGAUUUUUUUCAAGUUCAAGGAUUGUAAAUUACAAUUCUAUGAAAAACGAAGGUUGUUCUGUUAUUUCAGUGUGAAUCCUUGCAUGCCUGCCAGUCGCUGGCGCCGCUUGUUGAAACUAAAACGAAAAAAAAAAACUCUUUUAAGAUUAUCAUUGGCUUCUUUUUCACUCCACCACUAUUUUUAGCAACAAAGGUCGCCAUUUCGUCUGUUUAUUGCUCGCCAAAAACUAUAAAAUGCACUCAAAAGCCUAAAAUCUAAAAAAAGUUUACAGGAAUCGACCAAUCGAGCGAGCGAGCGAAUGCUAUUCCCCACAUCGUAACUAUAACUCGCUCUUGCGCAUGCGCACAAUUCACGAGUUAAAAAGGAACAAAAAACGACGGUUUAAACAAGCAAGUCCAAACAAGUCACCAUUUUUUUUUUUUCACUCACCUAAUGCAGUGAUGAACAUUUUUUGUUUAAGAACUUGUGGCCAACCGGAGAAUAAAGUCACUGAAACGGAAAAAGGUGCGAAAAUCGCACCUAUUGUUUUGCCUUCAACAGCGAGGUUUAUUUGCUUCAAUAGACCAAAACACAAAAACGCGAGCCUGACAAUAGUCUAAGAAAACCAAAACCAACCCGCCUUUCUAUAUAAUCUCAACAUCGAUAUUUUUUUAAUAUAACCAGAAUUUGUGGCAUUGAAGUCGAUAGUGAGUUCCUCAUUGACAACGCAAUAAUGUCGGUUGGUAUUUUGUUCGCUUUUUCUUUUCGCUUGCUGUAUGGAGCCUUCCAAACAAAAGUCCCAACAAAAAAAUGUGCCAGAGUGUGCUGCCGGCCAACUACGCAACACCCGUCAUUGACCAAGCGAAAAUAAAACUCUAUAAAUUUAAACCGCUAAUCGUCAUAAACUGCUCACCCCUGACGCUACUGUUUAUAUUCCUAUCCCAUCUUCCAUACUGCAUCAGCCAAUCUGCCGCUCAAGUCCUUUUACCUUGCCUUUCUGUCUGCGUUUGCUGUUUCUGCGCACUUCAAGCGGAAAAAGUGAUAUCAGUCAAGCGUAAAAAGGUGCGAAAAUAACACCUUUUUGUUUUCUUGGCUUGCAUACUCUUUUAUACUCAUCGCGCUAAUAGUUGAACAUUGACAACGCGAGAAGAAAUUUUCAGCAGAAUACAAUUUAGACUUCUGCGAUCAGUCCUUAAGGCCUGCCUGCGUAAACGGGCCUUAAGGAAAACAAAUAUUGAGCGAACACAGCUUAACUGCGUCCUGUCCUGGCUUAUAAGCUCUAGACCGCAUUUUCAAUCACUCCAAGCUACUCGCGGCCCCUUGCCGUGAAAACAUGAACUGAAAACAAACUAUUAUGUCACAAGCGGCUGAAUUCCAAUUUAUUUUAUACUGACGGCUUAUCUUGCCUCUGAAGAAGUCAGAGGAAGUUACUUCAAGAGAAAAUACAUUAACGGUCCGCUCGUUUCAAACACUGUAUGACAAUCGUUACCCUGGACAAUUACUGACGGUUAUAGCGGGUUUCGCCCAUAACGAGUUUCGCACAUAUCGUUUCGCCCAGAACGAGAAUGGUUUCGCCCAGAACAAUAAAGGUUUCGCCCAUAAGUAAAACUUCUACACUCUCACUCGGAAAACGUCAACCUUAUAAACGUUUGUAUGCACAGAAUGAAGAAAAGUGACUUGACCUAAGAUCAUGAAAUUUUGAAACGAACAAGUUACUGUUGAAACGAACAAGUCAAUUUUUUUUUUUUGUACACGGAAGAUAAGUUCCGCACGCCAGCUUAUGAAUGAACAUUGUAUGAACAGAAAACAAAAGCCCGGUUACCGGGCUCAUCUAAAGCAUAUGUCUAAAGAGGCCCUUAGCCUGGAUAAUCACUGACUGUCAGUCUGGGCGAAUCGAAUUUAUGCCUGGGCGAAACCAUUCUCGUUAUGGGCGAAACGCUUCUUGGGCGAAACUCUGUGUGGGCGAAACCCGCGGAUACCUUACUGACUAACCCCUGUUAGUCUGUUCAAAUUUUCCCAAGUAGACUACCGCUGGGGAAAAAUGUCAUCGCCGACAAUUUGCCGAAUGAAUCCGAAUCAAGCAGAGUAAAAGCUCGUGAUACUAAAUAGAAAAGUCCCUAAGGAUGGAUAACAAAAGGCCAAUUGUAUUAAAAAAUCCCAACCAUAACAAUAGGCAAAGUUUGAUAUGAUUUGCUUAUCAAAACGCUGGAAAAAUUGCAGGAUUUCGACGAUGUUGUAAAGCUACUUCCCCAGUUCCUUCGAGAGAACUCGAAAGAUGAUAAAGAAGACAUCUAUUCUAUACUGUGGGACUUUGCUGGACAGUCAGUUUAUUACGUGACGCACCCCAUCUUUCUCACGAGAAGAGCAAUCUACUUCUUGGUUUAUGACUUGAGUAGAAAUCCAAGCGACAAAGCCAAACCAUUGGUGAAGCGGGGAGUUUAUAGAGAAAUUGAAGAUAGAUAUAAUCUAAAAACGAACUUUGAUUAUUUAGACUUUUGGAUGAGUUCUUUGGCUUCCUUAGUGAGUGAUUGCCAACAAGUGGAACCCGAAAAGUUGGUGCCAUUGAGGAAAUUCCCCGCCGUUUUCCUGGUGUGCACACAUGCUGAUCAGCCCUAUUGCGAUCAUAAUCCAUUUAAACUAGCCAGUGAAAUAUUUGGCGACUUAAAGAACAAGCCAUAUGGUGCCCACUUGUUUGACGUAUUUUGUGUUGAUAACACUAAGUCAGGCACUGAAUCCGAAUGUAAAGAAAUUGUGCGCUUACGAGAGGCUGUACAUGUCGUUUCUAGAGAGUUACCACACGUAACCGAAGCUAUUCCGAUCAAGUGGUUGAAAUACGAAAAUGUCCUUCGCGUCCUUAUGGAAAAGGAUCAGAAGUUCAUCUCUCUCUCUCGACUGCGAAAAAAAUCGCUUCCAAGUGUUGCAACAUUAACGACAACGAGGUACAGACAGUGCUUACCUUUUUUCACGACCUGCAAGUAUUGA